AUCUUGUUUUUUAUUGCUAAUGAAUUCAGCUUUGAAAAUAUUUCUUUGUGGCUGUGAAAACAUGGUUCAUUAAGUGCGAGCAUUCAUUGGAACCAAAAAACCUCAAGUUCGAUUAACCAGAUCGAAACCGUCACAUAAAGUAAACCUAUUUAACAAUGUGACCACUUUAAAGUCACCCGCUCCGCUCCCUGGGAUUCCAGCACAUAAAGGUUUAUUCCGUCCUCUCUCGUGUGUCAGCGUGCAGCUGUGCGCCGCUGCCGCGUCUGUGCGCGCCGCUCCGUCUUUGCCUUUUCAGGGGAGGAGCGCACCAUGUUUGGCUCAGUCGAGUCCGGGCUCUGCUCCGCUAAUGCGGACCUUCUCCUCCUGCACACCGGACACCGGAGAGACACCCACCAACACGUCCAUACCGGCAAACUGCCUACAAGCGACUCAGUUCAUGGAUCGGUGCCAGUUGUGGAAAUUGAACAAGGACAUAAAUUUAUAUUACUAAAAGAUUGAUAUUAUCCUCCGAGAUAUUUCUUCUUUUGUUUUUUGUUUUUUUGUGUGUGCGGACUUUCCAAAGUGAGCGAAGCGUGAAGAUGUUGCUGCAGAGUGUAUUCGUCUCUGGAGGAUCGUGGAUGAGACGCACGACUACACUGCUUCACCUGGGUCUGUUCCUGCAGCUGGCGCUUUGGGAAACGACGGAGGCCAUCCACCCAGACUGCGCCCUGGUGGCUCAGCACAUGAAAGCUCAGGAAGAAUGCAACCAGAUCCUCAAACAGGAGGAGAACAACCACUCCACCAGGGCAGGUUGUCCGACAUUUUGGGACGACAUUGGUUGCUGGUUCCGUGCAGAGGUGGGACAGGUGGUCAGCGUCUCGUGUUCCAACGUCUCCCAGCUGUUUGUCAAUAACCAAGUUUACAUCUACAAGAACUGCACUGAGGAAGGAUGGUCCGAUGCCUACCCGUCCUAUGAGAAGGCCUGUGAGUUUGCGGAGGAUGAAGAGACAGAACCUGAGACAACAUACUUCUCCAACUUCAAGCAGGUGUACACUGCUGGCUACGCUACCUCCCUCAUCUCUCUGAUAUCGGCCAUUUUUGUCUUCACUGUCUUCAGGAAGUUUCACUGCACCAGGAACUACAUCCACAUCAACCUGUUCUUCUCCUUCAUCCUGAGAGCGAGCGCCGUCUUCAUCAAAGAUGGCGUCCUUUUUUCUGAUGAAAACCUGGACCACUGCUUCAUGUCGACGACGUCUUGUAAAUCAGCCGUGGCCUUCUUCCAGUUCAGCAUCCUCGCCAACUACUUCUGGCUGCUGGUGGAGGGCAUGUACCUGCAGACGCUGCUCGCUCUCACCUUCGUCUUCCAGAAGAAAUACUUCUGGUGGUACAUACUCAUCGGCUGGGGUCUCCCUACAACAAUCAUAACAGCCUGGAUCCUCACUCGAAACUUCUACGAUAACAGGGGGUGCUGGGAUGACACAGAUGUGGCCUUCAUCUGGUGGAUCAUAAAAGCUCCAAUAACUGCAUCGCUACUGGUGAACUUCAUCAUCUUCAUCAACGUGAUCCGGAUUCUGGUCCAGAAGCUGAGGUCUCCUGGUGUCGGCGGCAACGACACCAGUCACUUCAAGAGACUGGCCAAAUCCACUUUGCUUCUCAUCCCUCUGUUUGGGAUGCACUACAUGGUGUUUGCCUUCCUGCCAGAGAACACGGGGGCAGAGGCCCGACUCUUCAUCGAGCUCGGUCUGGGAUCCUUUCAGGGAUUCGUUGUGGCCCUGCUCUACUGUUUCCUGAACGGGGAGGUGCAGGCAGAACUAAAGAAGAGGUUUUGGAAGUGGCAGACUCAGAGCUACCUUAGCUACAGUAAACAACGGCGUCCGUUGUUCACUGAAAGCAGCACGGUCACUCAGAUCUCUGUUCUGGACAAGUCCAGCCCCAGAGGGCAGCCGGGCUCAGAGAUGCACGCCCUCACCCACACCGUCACGCCCAACAACGUCUCCGCCGUCUGAGGAACGUUCAACUGCGACACUGUGUCCGUCGUGUCCCGUGUAUCAACGUCUGCUUUGUGUCUGGACGACGUCCUGAACAGAAGACUAAAGCGCAGAGUGUUGAAUGUUUGAGGUUCCUCUCAUCUCUGUCAGGUACUGAAGGUUUUACAGAAUCCCUCAUGCGCCAAAUUUACAAAUGUGUAGACCUGUAAACUUGAGUCUAACUUUUAUUAAUUCACUACACAGAAUAAACUCACCUGAGGUCAUAUUACUCAUGACGUUUGAAAUUUCAGAGAUCAUGAGGAGGGUUUCAUUUUCACAUCAUUAAAGAAAACUAUGAUUUUUGCUUUGGGGAACCUCCUCCACAUUUUCAGGCAACGACUAAAUUAAUUCUCCUCUCUUACAAAAUCACGGAUAUCAGAGUUAGUAUAUGGCUUCAAAACAUUUCAUUUAUUUUUGUAGAAAUAACAAAUAAUCAACAGGAUUUAACCGAAAGUAAGAAACGACUUAUUCCUCCUGCGGCGCUCUGAGUCUCUCUUGCUCAGUCUUUCCUCUUGAGAUAAAAUGUUGUUUUUGCUCAUAUUUUCAGCGGCUCAUAAAAGCAAACAAAUGCAUGAAAAUGGGCAUCAGUAAAAUAUAUUUUCAUUAUGUUGUGGUGUCAAAUAGUGAGAGGAGGGAGAACACAGAGCAGGAGUGGCAGACACCAUCAUUUUCAAAGAAAUUUUAUAUACAUUUCAGUUUUUUUUUGCAGAUUUACCUGUCUGCAACAGGCCGCACAGGUGAACGCUAGGUUCAUGUUAGUGCAGUUUAUCACCCACUUUCAAACAUUUAUCACCUUUUAUGAGCAGUCAGUGCAAAGUGAGAGAUUAUCAACCAGGUUAAUAUACUGGACCACAGACCCGCAUUAGUGCUAUAAAAUGACGAGUCCCAGAUACUUCCUGUAAAACAGCUCAGGGACGUGGCUGUGCCCUGCUGUUAUAAACAGAUGUUCAUUUGGCAAACCAACCAAUUAGUUCUCAUGCUUGAAGUCUUCUGUCCUGUAAAACCAAAACAUGGUGUAAAAAAAACACUUAAGAUAAACUAUAAAUCUCAUCUUCGUGCAGCUUUGUGCAGAGUGUGGGAUGGAUUAUUCACUGCUGCCCUCUAGUGGCUGGAGGAAGAAAACAAAGUUUUUGUGCUCCAGCAUCAGGGGGCAGUAAUGGGCCAGUUACCGGCUGGACAGGCCACAUAAAAAUAAGAUUUUUGUUUUAUUGCAAAUGUUUUCAAAACGUAUAGUUCAGUGUUAAAUGUAAAAAAGACUUAAAGGAUGAAGAUUAACUGGUUGGUUCACGUCUAGUUAACUUUCCCACCUUUAAACGUACGGUUUCUGAAAUGCCGUCCUCACAGUUCUUAAAGGAAAAUCACUUAGUAUGCACUUCUCCUUAACUUUACAGAUCUGUACUUUCUUUGAAUACUUUGUGUAUUAGUGCCGUUCAUUAGAGCCUGGACUCACCGUGACGUCCUUGUCGUUCCUGCUGUUACUGAUUCAGCGCCACAUGGUUUCUUGAACGUUGGGCAUUGGCCAUUAAAUGAUUGUAUUACAGAGAGAUUCCCUAUUAAAUUAAACAGUCUUAUUAAAUGGAACAUGCCCACGUUACCAUCGGUGGCUCUGCAUGCAACAUGUUGCACAGUGCACUAGCGCACAUCUGGAGCACUAGACUGUAAAAGCUAUUUAUUUGUCAGAUUGUUUUUUUUUUUUUACAUCUUUGUGUGAAUGUAAAUAGACCUGAACUAGUUUACAUGUAUUUUAUGACAAUGUUGCAGUUAUCCAACAGAUUUAUAUCAGUUUCAGAUUGUAAAAAAGUUACUUUAAGAUAGAUAAGUUGGUAUUUAUGUUUACCAUUAUUGUAUCAUUAUUUUUGUAUCAUACAUGUAACUUUUAAAAAAACGUUUUAUUCUUAUUUGCCAUAAUAUUGCAAAAUGUGGAAAAAAUUAAAAUAUAUGUCUAUGUUUGUUAGCAAAGGUUUAGCGAAGCUCAGUUACCAAUUGCUGUGCUAAUGCUAAUGCUAAUCCAAAGCAUGUUUCCUCUGAGGAAUAUGUUUUGAAAUCAAGAUUUUAAGCUGAAUUCAUAUUGUUUCUGUGCUUUACUUUGGUUAGCAUAUAGCAGGUGUGUAAAGUAAAUACUGUACAUACAUAUGUACAGUUAUAUAUUAUCCACAUUAUUCAGCUACUGACCGCUACAGUGCCUUUAUCAUACAGUAUAACUCACUGUCUCUCUGCAGUUCAGGUGAUUGAAGGGAUUGAACCUACAAUAUAGGUUUGCAUUCAAAAUUUGUGUGACAAAAUCAUAUAUUUAAGAUUGUGAUAUUAUACCAUGUACUUGAGUAUUUGCUGAGCAGCAAAAACAUAUUGCCUCUGUGUUGUGACAGAUUCAAGUUACUGCUUAAAUGACAAAAAAAAGUUUGUUAAAUUUAAAAUUGUGCAGCAAGGAUGAGGGUUGGACUUGUGCUUUAUAGAUUACAUCUAUUUACAGUU